AUGGGGUGGACUCGUGGUCGGAGGUCUCGACACAGCUGGGAGAUGAGUGAAUUUCAUAAUUAUAACUUGGAUCUAGCAAAGAGUGAUUUUUCAACACGAUGGCAAAAGCAAAGUUGUCCAGUAAUCAAAAGCAAAUGUAGAGGAAAUGCAUCUCCAUUUUUUUUCUGCUGCUUCAUUGCUGUAGCUAUGGGAAUCCGUUUCAUUAUUAUGGUAACAAUAUGGAGUGCCGUAUUCCUAAAUUCGUUAUUCAACCAAGAAGUUCAAAUUCCCAUGACCGGAAGUUACUGUGGCCCAUGUCCUAAAAACUGGAUAUGUUAUAAAAAUAACUGCUAUCAAUUUUUUGAUGAGAGUAAAAACUGGUAUGAGAGCCAGGCUUCUUGUAUGUCUCAAAAUGCCAGCCUUCUGAAAGUAUACAGCAAAGAGGACCAGGAUUUACUUAAACUGGUGAAGUCAUAUCACUGGAUGGGACUAGUACACAUUCCAACAAAUGGAUCUUGGCAGUGGGAAGAUGGCUCCAUUCUCUCACCCAACCUACUAACAAUAAUUGAAAUGCAGAAGGGAGACUGUGCACUCUAUGCCUCGAGCUUUAAAGGCUAUAUAGAAAACUGUUCAACUCCAAAUACAUACAUCUGCAUGCAAAGGACUGUGUAAAGAUGAUCAACCAUCUCAAUAAAAGCCAGGAACAGAGAAGAGAUUCCACCAGCGGUAACGCUGCCAACUGAGACCAGAGGAAACAAACAAAAACAGGACAAAAUGACCAAAGACUGUCAGAUUUCUUAGACUCCACAGGACCAAACCACAGAACAAUUUCACUGCAAA